AUAGGACAGCUUUACUUUUAGCAGCGUCUCCGGCUGCUUCUGCUGAAAUAUUCCAGGAAGCGUUUUAACUUGGACUGGGUGGGACUGAAUGAUUGGCGGGAAACUGUUUACUUCGGAGUCCCAGAGAGGUCAGAGAUGAUUGUUUGGGCUUUUAUUUGACUUUGGAGACUUUUUACGUGCCUGGAUUCUCCUCAUCAGGUGGGAACAUGGAGCCGGAGCUGCGACAUUUUUCCAGUUGAAGACUUUUCCUGACCUCAGAGAAGUUGGAUUCUUUUUCCUCCUUAUUUUACAACAAUAGAACAACAGGAACACUGAGGUCUGGAUCUGCUGUCAUGAUGUUUUACAGUGAACUCGUGUUUCUUUGUGCGCCAAAUAGCAGAUAAUCCAGAAAAAAAACUACAAUUUCAGUUUGAAUCAGACCAGAACUGAUAUUCUAAUUUAUUCUAAAACGGAUUUCAUCACAGGGAUCUCUUCUUAGUGAGUCAAAUGGCAGAGGAAUAUGAGCAGUCCAGUGCGUCAGAAUUCAUUAAAGUUUCUAUGCCGACUUUGGGCCCCUCAACCUGGCCAUGUUGUACAGAUACUGCUGCAAACUCAACAAGAAGCUCAAGUCCAUGAUUUCUAGAAAAAAGCUGGUCCACUACACCAGCUAUGACCAGAAGAAGAGAGCCAAUGCUGCUGUCCUCAUCGGUGCCUACGCUGUAAUUUAUUUGAAAAGGAGUCCAGAAGAAGCCUACAGGACUCUGAUCUCAGGAAACAAUGCUGGCUACAUGCCCUUCAGGGAUGCUGCUGUGGGGGAGUGCUCCUUCAACCUCACCGUCCUCGACUGCUUACAAGGGAUACGCAAGGCAUUACAGCACGGUUUCCUGGACUUUGAAAGUUUCAGCGCUGAGGAUUAUGAACAUUAUGAGCGAGUAGAAAACGGAGACAUGAACUGGAUAAUUCCUGGGAAAAUUCUGGCCUUCAGCAGCCCUCACCCUCGCAGUAAGGUAGAGAACGGUUAUCCUCUACAUGCACCUGAGGCCUACUUUGCAUACUUCCGUCAAAACGAAGUGAGAGCUGUGGUCCGGCUGAACAGGAAGUUGUACGAAGGCAGACGGUUUGAGGACGCAGGAUUCGAUCACCAUGAUCUCUUCUUCCAGGACGGGACGACGCCCUCCGACCUCAUCGUCAGGCGCUUCCUCCAUGUGUGCGAGAGUUCAGAAGGAGCUGUGGCUGUGCACUGCAAAGCUGGUCUGGGUCGUACAGGCACUCUGAUUGGCUGCUACCUGAUGAAACACUUCCGCUUCACUGCGGCCGAGGCCAUCGCUUGGAUCAGAAUCUGCCGACCCGGAUCCAUCAUCGGUCCCCAGCAGAACUUCUUAGAAGAGAAACAGCACAGUUUGUGGGUGCAGGGAGACGUCCAUCGCUCCAAACAGAAGCUGGUCCAGCAGAGACUCAGCCGGCGGCAACAGCUGCAGCAGCAGCGUCAACAACAACAACAACAACAGCAGCUUCACAGCUCCGACUCUGUGGAAGAACACAAACAGGAGUCGAUGUCCUGCCUGCUGUCCAGCAUGGACGACCUGUCCAUCAACACCACCCUCCACAAGUCCUACAGCCUGGAUGAGAACAACUGCAAGGAAGCCAGUCUAACUCAGGGAGACAAACUGAGAGCACUGAAGGGAAACCGGCCACCAAGAUCCGUCUCCUCCUCCUCCAGGUUAAACCUGUCCAAGGCCUCACACUGCUCCAUCCUUCCUCCACCAAAGUCCUCUAAAGUCCCCCUGUCCCUCUCCCCAUCUUCAUCUUCUAAAAAGCUGCUACGAAGCUCAUCCUCCUCGGCCACACAGAUUAAGAGCCCCUUCAGCCUCAGUCUGUUCAGCAUUCACUGAACUCCAGCUUUGGAUGAAGUCGACUCAGACGAUGAUGAGGUCAAAAAGUGGAUUAGCUCUGAGAAUGACCAGGCCUUAAAUAUUUGACCAACCCUGGCAAACCUUUGAAUUAUCUGUCUUUUAAAAUCAGACAGAAACAGCAGUUUUGUUGAGUCAACUUGAAGUUUUGGAAACACUUGAAGGGCUACAUCAAAACUGUAGAUUACUGGUUACCUCAGCCAACAAUAUGAGACUGAAACCAUAAUUCAUCUUCAUGUCUCCAGUAAAUGACAGCAUAUUACACAGGCACAAGUACCCUGCAGGAUCAAGGCCACACAACACUUCACCCUAAUACUUUCUCCAUGUGCUUAUACCAAUUUUCUGGAAUCAUUUCUGUUGCUACAACUGUUGUUGAAUAUAUUGUUAUAAAGGUUAUGUUCCAUGUCACUAAAGUCGGUGCCCAGGAGCCUGCUAAUGACUGCCACCCAGCUUGCAUCACACCUGAUCCCUAUGUCUAUCCCAGUGGGUGGUCAGCCCACAGGGUGGCUCCAAGUUGCGACUUUAGGCUGUAAGACUUUCCCACCAGAUGCUUGCAAGCUCCAGGAGGAGGCCCUGACCUCCCCAUUUCAGGUGUUGGAGCUCCAUCUCUGCCAGUUCAUAGGGGUUCUUUGAAUGAAUCCUCAUCUGGCCCCUCCCUAAGGACCAAUUUGCUUUAGGAGAACUUAUCAGGGCCUACAACAUGGCUCCUAUCACCAGGACACACAAACCCAUCCAAUGGGGUAUGGUGGCAUGGAAAUAAACCGGCUGAGGUGGGUCAGGAAUCUAAUUAAGAUGCCGCCUGAACACCUUCCUUUGGAGGAUUGAAGGAAACCCAAGGGUAGAACCGGAACUCGCUUGAGGGAUUACAUAUCUCAGCUGGCCUGGGAAUACCUCAGGAGUAGCUGGAGAGCAUUACUGGGGAAAGGGAUGUCUGGAAAGAUCUGCUUAGCCUGCUGAAAUUACGACCCAAUCCUGAAGAAGUGGAAGAAAAAGGUUGUAUAAAUGGUUCACGUUAAGGUGUUGGACGCAGGAGAAAUUAACUGGUGGAAAGACCUGGACGGUUCUGACAACAGCUUAAAUAUUCAGCAGCAGGUUUGUCGGGCGCUUCCAGUCAGCAGUGGCGAGUUCCCACAGACAGCAGUUUAGUGGCCGCUUGAGGCUCAUCAAUGCACCAAGGCUGCAAACGCUAUCCAGUCUGGUUUAGAUCCACAAAAGGGCUACUAUUGCACCUGCCCCAGAUUUCCGACUGAGUCACUGCUGGACCAUAUAGACUGCCCAUUCUACCCACUGGCCACGAGUGAAAGCGUCAAAAACAGGCACACAAGUGUUGGGACUGUACCGCGACAUAUGGCAAAGGGUUACUUGGUCCAAGGACUUGCACAGCACAUAGUUUACCUGGAGAAGUGAUGGCAGCAGAAUGAACUGUGGGAAAAUUACCAUCCUUGGGUGCAAGUUUGACAUGGACCACCAACCCAAACAUUGUUGCAGACCAUGCACACCACUUCAUGGCAAUUGUAUUGAGUGAUGGUAGUUCCCAUGUUUCAUCAGGAUUAUGUCUCCUGACACACAGAACACAAUAUUUGUAGAUGUUUGAGAGGUUGACUUUUUUUAAUGAACUGACUUGACCCCACAUCUCAGUCUGAUUGAGCAUCUAUGGGAUAUGCUGGAACAAAAAGUCAGAUUCUAAGCAUCUCGCCAAUCACAACUUUUGGGACUUCAUGAUUCUGCUGCUAAUGUCUUGGUGCUUGGUCUGCAGAGUCCAUGUCUCGAUGGCUCAGAGAAGGAGGUUGUGAUGUCUCCUUGACUUCAACCAGUCAAAACACUCAAAAAAUCACUACAAUCACAUUCCAUGUAUAAUGGAGUUUGGACAGGGGCUGGGGUUUACAAUUAAAACAAAAAAAAAAAACAACAAAAAAAAAACAAAAAAAAAAACAACAAAAAAAAAACAAAAAAAAACAACAACUUACUUUUCACAUACAGGCAAUGAAAUAUCAACACUCAUAUUAAUGUGGUUUAGAUCACAUCAUCUCUACGCACCAGAGAUUUGCAGAUUAUUUUGGUGUCACAUAUUGAGUCGAAUACCAACAUUGAAAUCAAACUUUCCUUUGAGGUGAUGAUUGUUCUGAUCACCCACCAGAGAACAUACAUGAAGAGUUGUGGUGACGUGUACUGUAAUCCAGUCCUUUUCAUUCUAGAUUGGAAUAUAACAUAAAUUUAUAUGGACUUCAUGUUAUUUUUGGUUUUCCAUUUGGAAAUGUACAUAUUGAAGAAUUGACAAUAAAGCUGACUUUGAAACUGAGCCAUGUGACUCUUAACAGCAAAUGCACUUUAUUAUUAGAACAUUAAUAUACUAAUGUUGUAGAGGUAAUGUAACUCAAUAUAUCACUAGAAUAUGUUCAUUUUGAAAACAAAGUGUGAACGGUUUUAUACAUAUAGGAUAAACAACUAAACUCACUAAACAAGGCACAGACACUUUAGAUCACAGGAUUACAAAUGUCUAUGGUUCUAAUUAAACAUUUUUGGGACAUUUUUGUUUGCCAGCAAUCAUUUUGGCAUCCAAGACGGUGUUUGAUUAAAGUCUUUCAUAAAGGGAAUUUAUUCUGUUUGUGUUUAGCCGUUUUUCUCUGUUCUGGGAACAUGUAUAUGGUAUUUUGUUUCUUGUAACAUACAUGCUAAUCAUGCUAUGCAAAAGAUGCUGAGAUUUGACAUUGAGCCGUUCCCAUUAUACUAAACUCUAUGAAUGUUAUCAUGGCUUAUAGGUGUUCAUUGCUGGUGUCUUUUUGGGAAAGUGCUGUCUAAUCAUUUGUAAUUUACAGUUUGAUAAGAUGGUUGUUGCCACAGAGAUUGUUUUUGAAAUGAAGAAUAAAAGGCUAAGAAAUUA